AUGCCGCGUAUCGCAAUACUUCAUCCGGACUUGGGCCUUGGUGGCGCCGAACGUUUAAUCAUUGACAUUGCAUUAGCAUUGAAAUCCUUAGGACACGAAGUUGAUCUUUAUACGAAUUUUCACGAUAAACGAAGAUGUUUCGAGGAGACUCGCAAUGGCCAGUUGAAUGUUUUUGUUGCAUGUUCAUGGUUUCCGAGGAAUAUCUUCGGCAGAUUCAAUGCUUUAUGUGCUUAUAUUCGUUUUAUUCUGCUUGCUAUUUAUGUUCUCUUGAUGAAAAAUGAGAAGCAAUACGAUCUGUUUUUAUGCGAUCAAAUCAGUGCGUGUAUACCGGUUUUAAAGCAAAGCCAGCGUCCUGUUCUGUUUUAUUGCCAUUAUCCUGAUCAUUUAUUAACAAAACGAGAAUCUUUUGUGAAGAAAGCUUAUCGAUGGCCUAUUGAUACAUUUGAAAUCUACACAACGUGUCUGGCUGAUCGGAUCUUAGUCAACAGUGCUUUUACUCAAUCAGUAUUUGAAAAGCAUAUUCGAUCUGACAUUCCAGUGCAUAUUCUUUACCCGACAAUUCCUGAUCAAGUCGUUCCAUCCACAUCGAAUGAGAAUGAGAAAUCGAUUAAUUUCCUUUCAAUCAAUCGUUUUGAACGUAAAAAGGAUCUCGCACUUGCUCUUCGUUCAUUUGCCCGUCUUCGAACAUUGCUUUCUUCCGAAUCGAAAUCGAUUCAUUUAUAUGUGAUCGGCGGUUACGACGAACGUCUAUAUGAAAAUGUUGAAUAUUUUGAUGAACUUCAACAACUAGCACGUGAUCUAAAUCUGCCUUCAUCAUCCAUCACAUUUGUUCGCUCAUUUUCCGAUCAAGAAAAGCAUCAAUACCUUUCCAAAGCUCAUUGUAUCCUAUACACUCCACGCAAUGAACAUUUCGGCAUCGUUCCGCUCGAAGCUAUGCAAGCAGGACGGCCGGUGAUCGCGACAAAGACCGGUGGACCAUUAGAAACGGUUGUUGACGGUCGGACGGGUUAUCUAUGUGAUGAACCAUUGGUUGAGACGUUCGCUGCACGAAUGAAGGAAUUUGUUGAGAACAAAAACUUAUCAAAACAGAUGGGCGAACAAGGUCGAGAACAUGUGAAGAAAAUCUUCUCAUUCCAACCUUUUGCUCAAAAACUAGACGAACACGUGAACAAAUUGUUAAAUAAUUCUCGCAGUGUUUCGUCAUCCUCAUUGAAUAUGAGAGAGGUUUUUUAUUUAACAUCCAAACACUUACAUAAAGCUCUAAGUAAUAUCGACAAAAUUCGUCAUCGAUCGUUUCUUGUUGAUUCACUUCUUCAAGCCUAUGAACUCGAUAAACACAAAUGCUUUCACGUCAUUCAACCGGAAUUGGCAACAGAGAAUGAACUUGCAUUAGCCCAUGAUCGAGAUUAUUUAGAAUUUUUGAAUGUCAUCGGCAAUAUUGAUGUUGAACAUGAUCCAACAUACAAUGAACAAAUGGAUUUGUAUAAAAUUGGUUAUGAAUGUCCACCAUUUGAAGAUCUUCCUUCAUUUUGUAAACUAAUCGGAGGAGCAUCGAUUACUGCGGCCAAACAUCUCGAUCCUUCAAAUAAUAACAUUGCAAUAAACUUUUUCGGAGGAUGGCAUCAUGCAAAACGAUCUCAAGCAUCGGGCUUUUGCUACAUCAAUGAUAUUGUCAUGAGCAUCAAUGAACUUCGAAAACGAUUCCAACGCAUUUGUUACAUUGACCUCGAUCUGCACCACGGUGACGGGCUUCAAGAAGCAUUUUAUUGCUCUUCAAAAGUAUUAACAGUUUCUCUACAUAAAUACGAAUUGGGAUUUUUUCCUACUGAUUCCGGAAGUUUCGAUGAAAUCGGCGAGACAUGGGGACGGGGUUAUAACAUCAACGUUCCAUUACGUCAUGGGAUUGAUGAUAAACAAUACAUAUCGAUAUUUUCUCGUUUAUUACCAAAAAUCCAUUCGUCCUUCCAACCGGAAGUCUUCGUUGUUCAAUGUGGUGCUGAUACUCUAUUCGGAGAUCCAAUGAAAUCAUUUAAUCUCACCACUCAAUCGAUUUUAACAUGCAUCGAACAGAUUCUUCAACUGAAUAAACCUCUUCUUAUCUUAGGCGGCGGUGGUUAUAACAUCGCUGAUACAGCACGAUUAUGGACAUCAAUUACUGGCUUGUGUUUAAAUAUCAAACUCGAAAAUGACAUCCCUGAACAUGAUUAUUUCUCAUACUAUGGCCCUGAUUUUACAUUGCAGACGUGGCCGGGAAAUCGGUCGAAUCAAAAUAACGAAACGUAUUUAGACAGUCUGAUAGAUUUUAUUGACCGACAACAAAUUGAUUUGAUUAGACGUCAAUAUUGUAAAAAAUAG